AUGAAUUCAACAACUGUUGCCCGAUCCGAGCUCUCGCUGUGUGAAUGCGAGUCAGCCGGCGAACAAGUGAGCGAGAGAAAGUGUGUGAGGUGCAGAGAGUGUGUGUGUGUGUUUGCGCGUGCACGCGUUUGUCAGAAAGAGAGAGAGCGAGAGAGUCUGUGCUGGUGCGGGAAAAGCCAGUGCAGUGUUUUUAAAGAGAAAGACACAGGCUGCCUCGCUCCUCUGCCUCUCCGUGGACUAUACCACUACCGGGGACUCACCCUUUGGACUAUUCCGUCGUUUCCGCCUCCCCCCCUCCACCCCUCACACUUGCCUUUGAAGGGAACACCUGUGCGCGUGAAAGCCAAGACAACGGACUUAGCCCUGGUAAACAGGGCGGCUGGAUGACUUCGGUGGAUGACGGUUUGGCUGGUGGAAAGAGGGAGACUGCCGAUCAUGGACUCCCCGCACUAGUUAACGGGGGUGCUGAGGAGGAUCAGGUUUGCCCGGUCAUCAUGUGCACGCGGGCCUAUCCUGACCCCGUCCGUGAGUGCCAGCUGUUCCCAGAAGAGGUGGAGGAGCCUGAGGAGGAGGUGGCAGACGAGGGCAAGGAGAGGGAAUCAGACAGAGACAGUGCUGUGGAAAGCACUCAGGGUUCGGAAACCUCAGACGGGCUCACCAGACUGGGAGACAAGGAAGACACACUAGGAGAUCUCUUUUUUCCCGGGGAGAAGUGUGGUCAGACCAGUAUCUCUGUGACCUCUGACCUGUCAACACGUUCGUCGGCUUCUCUGUUCGAGGAGCAGUUUGAAGACUACGGAGAAGGGGAGGAGCCGGACUACACUCCCAGCAGCCCUUGUCCGGACGACGAGGCUCGUACCAACGGUUACUCCGACCUCGGCUCAUCUGUGCCCUCGAGUGCGGGGCAGACUCCUCGUAAGGUGCGUCACCAUUACACCGGAGACAUGAUGGAUGUCUACUGUUCUCAGUGCAGUAAAAAGGUCAACCUGCUAAAUGACCUGGAUGCUCGCCUCAAAAACCUCAAAGCAAACAGCCCCAACAGGAAAAUCUCCAGCACUGCUUUUGGAAGGCAGCUGCUCCACAACAGCAACUUGAGCAGCAGUAACGGCAGCACAGAGGACCUUUUCCGAGACAGCAUCGACUCCUGCGACACCGACAUCAAUGAGAAAGUCACUUCUCUUGAGAAGAAGGUGGCAGAACUGGAGAAUGAGAUCGUGCUGAACAGUGACCUCAAGUCCAAACUGAAGCAGGAGAACACGCAGCUAGUGCACAGGGUUCAUGAGCUGGAGGAGCAGCUGAAAGACCAAGAGACCCGGGCAGAGCAAAGUGUGCAGGAGGGCCUGAGACGCCACAGAGAGGCUUACAGCAAGCUGGAGAGAGACAAGAGCACACAGAUAGAGCUGCUGACCAACCGAGUUAAGCAGCUGGAGGAGGAGAAUAGUGAGAUGUCCCUUAACCUGAACCGACUCAAGUCGCAGACGGAGAAGCUGGAUGAGGAGAAGCAAAGGAUGACCGAUAAGCUGGAGGAUACCAGCCUGCGCCUGAAGGACGAGAUGGAUCUUUACAAGAAAAUGAUGGACAAACUGAAACAAAAUAGACAUCAGUUCCAGAAAGAAAAGGAUGCCAUGCAGGAGCUGAUAGAGGACCUGCGCCGAGAGCUGGAGCACUUGCAGGUCUUCAAGCUGGAUGCAGAGAGGUCAGGCCGGAGGCCGAGCUCCUCCUCGGGGCUCUCAGACUUCAACAACAGGAGCAGGGAGGUGGAGCUAGAGCAUGAAGUCAAGAGGCUCAAACAGGAGAACCAGAAGCUUAGAGAGCAGAACGAGGACCUGAACGGUCAGAUCAUCAGCCUCAGCCUGCAUGAAGCCAAGAAUCUGUUUGCCACACAGACCAAGGCUCAGUCUCUAGCUGCUGAGAUCGAUAAUGCCUCCAGAGACCAGUUAAUGGAAGCCCUGAAGGAGCAAGAGGAGAUCAAUUUACGUCUGCGACAGUACAUGGACAAAAUCAUCCUGAACAUCCUGGACCACAACCCCUCUAUUCUGGAGAUAAAGAACUAGCAGUGACUCAACUGGAAUGAGCGGCGUUCCUGAUCUCAGGAGAGUGAGGAUCAUUCCAGUUGUCUGAUCAGAGCAGGGUGACCUGAAUCGGGGGGGAAACUGUACAGGAAAGCAGAGAAAAAUAGAGCCAGUCUUACGUAAACAGACAUGCACCGCCCUCUGCUGUUUGUGCCAAGAAGAGCGUCUCUUCCAGACUGUAGACGGGGAUUCUGUGUUGAACUAAAGGGACUUUUCUCAGCCAGUGAUUGUUCACUGACUGGUUAUGCUACUGUGACUGUUCUACUCAUCUUGUCCCAUUUUUAUUCUCUGUCUAUGCUGUGAGCCGGAGUUAAAGUCACAAGACUGAUCUCUUGUGAAAACCGCAGGAAUAUUCUGUUCCCAACGUGCUUUGAAGAUUCUCUUGAUUUAGUACACUGGACAUGAAAACUGGAACAAAAAAGCAUAUAUAAACAGCUUUAUCCUGAUCUAAAGCUGUUUGGCAUGGUGUAGACAGGCACAAUAAGACAGUAGAGCAACAUGACAAGCAGACUUUAAAUCCAGAGUGAGACAGGCACCAAGACAGGUCCGGCUACUGUUGCCAGUCUCUGAGUGCGUGUGAUGACAUAUUUGGACAAGUAUGUGCUGAAAGAAGGUGGAGAAGCGAGGGACAAGCGGUCAGAGAGAGAAAAAGAGUGAUGCCCACGUUAUAAAUUGAAAACGAUGAAUUAAGGAAGAGUGUUGACCCUAAACAGGUGGGGAUGUUACAUGAUAGGCCAGGUAUGCUACCAAAAGAGGCUUUUUGUGAAGUCGAUGAAGGUACACUGAAAGUGAAAUUUCGUUUUUCGUUCACUCUUGCGCAGGUCUUCCACGAAACCACACUUCGUACGUCAAUCAGUCCUAUAGCAGUGAACAGUUUUCACUGAGAAGUGGCCCUUAAUUGGUACGGAUGAGUCGUUGAGUGUCGCUUUAUGGCGCCGAAGCUGCAACCAAGGAGUGUCUUCAAACUGUAACUUCCAUGGCUGCUAUUUGCUAGCUAAACUCGAGCUUGAUAAAAAGUCACUGUUGCUGGCAAUAGACCCCAAAUGAUGUUGCACAGAAAUAUGAAGAUGUGAAUGUACAGUGUGAGGUGGAGUGACUGGUAGCCAUUGUAACAUGGUUUACCGAGUCGUCUUUUCUUGUUCAGUGACUGGGAUACCGGAUGUGAGCGUGCACAGGAGACUCACUUUUUGGUACAAAAGACUUGAUUUGUCACAUUUGCACCUACAGCAGGUUGCAGAUUGUAGUUUAAGUCCCAAUGACUCUGAAGCCCUCUUAAACUGUAAAUAUCACGAAUGUACGAUUCCUUAUUAACUUUCUGUGUGGCCAAAAAAGCAGUUUUUGAUUGAAACUGGUUAAUACAUUUGGCAACAUGUGUACAGUAUUUAGUACUGUUAUAUGGAGGGCAUUGUUUUCAGAGGGGAAAUGAUUACAAUCUCAUGUAUUAUGUAAUUAUUCUAAACUUGAGUUUUGCUUCCUUGCACAAAAAAAAAGUUUUGUUUCCUUUUGCAUGGUCACAUUUACUUCUGUCUGUGCCUUUUUGAGGACAUUUUUCGAGAUAAUCUCGCUAUAGAUUUACGCUGUUUUUUGGAAAGUGUGUUUUCUGUCUAUGUAUGACAUUUUCAUGACUUGUAAAUGUUGUAAUUAUCUAGUGAUAAUUUGUAUUUUAUGUGCCACUCACCAAUCUUUUUUCAGAUUGAUACUGAGAAAACACUUUUAUACAGAUUAAUCAAGAAACUAAUUGUUGUUGCUUAGCUGUCCUGUUUGCAGUAUAGCACAAGGCUUUGUGACGUAUGCAAGCCAGUUUGUCUUCUUUUCUUUCCUUUUUUUUUUAUAUAAACACAGUGAGCAAUGAUUUUUGAGUUUUUUCAAGGUUUUUGUUAGACUCAGUAAGUCCACUGAUUUUCAAUCAGCUUCAAAGUGGGUUUUUUAUAUAUGGUUGUUUACUGUCUUCCUAACUUAAACGGUGACUAUUAUGAGCAAUAUUAACUUAUUACCAGUACCUGCUGAUCUGUGUCCUGUUUUGCAUCUUAAAUCUUUUCACUUUUAAUCUGCUUAUGCCAUUCUUCAAGUAAAAAAACAAAAAUUCAAUGACACACUGAGCUGUAAAAACUGUCACAAACUCAUGGCUUUUAGCUUUCCGUUAUUAGGACUAUCCGAUUGGAUGUAGUCGUCUUAAAUAGCAAUAAAAAAUGGCUUUGGCAGUGAUGUUGCCUCAUGAAAUUUCUGUUACUUUCAUUUGAAUUCAGUUCUUCUUGCUUGUCAUGAGCUAUAGUUUCUAAAACAUAAAAACCCGUGUUGUGCCUACAGUGUAUGCUGCUGCUGUCUUAGCUGCCAUUAUGUACUUUGCUGUAAAUAAAAGUGUUUGCGCUGGCAUGAAAAUAGUCAUGUCGCCAAAUGAGAAUGGGUUAA